AUGGGCACGAAUCCUUUUAGGGUUUUGCUAGUCCCAAUGAGGUCUACUUGUGAGCAAAGUAUGGGCCUUAAAGCGAUGGGACACUUCCGGUACCUCCCUCGUCAGGACAAACCAAGGUCCGGUCGACCAAGGAAACUCUGUCAAAGACAGUUGACUCAACUGAAACGUCUUGUCAAUCUCAAGACAGGUGUGUCUUCACGUUCGCUAUUGUCAAAGUUUGCUGUCAGUCAUCAAACCAUUCUUACAAGUUUACAAAAAAUGAAUAUUAAAUAUUACAAAAAACGUCGAUCACCAAAAUAUACAGACAAGCAACUACAGGAAGUCCCAACUCGUGCGCGCCGACUGUAUCGGUUGCUGUCGAACAAUGAUUUUCAAAUGAUAAUGGACGACGAAAAAUAUUUUACUCUUUCUGAUCAAUCGGUAUCAAUCAAUCGUGGAUUUUACUCAUUGAACAAAGAAGAAACACCAUCUCAGGUCAAACUUAAACGAACACAUAAAUAUGAACCAAAAGUUCUCGUAUGGGUUGCCAUAUCUGAAAACGGAAUUUCAUCGCCGUUUUUUGCUAAACAACGGCAAGCCGUUGUUGAAUCAACGUAUUUAAAUGAAUGUGUUAUAAAACGUCUAAUGCCAUUCAUUAACGAACAUCAUUUAAAAGAAAAUGUUUUAUUUUGGCCCGAUUUAGCUUCAUCACAUUACAGCAACACCGUAACUCGUUAUCUUGAUCAAAACAAUGUCGAAUUUGUUGACAGACAAUUUAUUCCUCAAAACUGUCCUCAAGCAAGACCUAUUGAAAGUUUAUGGUCUAUUUUACAGACUAUGGUCUAUGACAAAGGAUGGGAGGCUAAGAAUAUCAAUCAACUGGAACGAAGAAUACGACAAAAGAUCAAAGAAAUCGAUAUCAAGGUCGUCCAAGUGAUGUUUUUAGGUAUUCGAAGACAAUUACGAAAAAUUGCUGAUCAUGGACCAUAUAAAGCUUGUUCUUCGUAA